GUUGCCCGGGCGGCCGUGGGAGGUGGACGUGUUGCUGGUCGGUCCGGGUAGCCGUGACCAGAACCCCCUAUUCGCCAUGUUAAAAUUUAUGAAACACCAGCAAAAGUUGACGCCGGAGAGAAUACAGAAGCAGAAAGAGCUGUUCGCGUUCACCAAAGCGUGUUACCAUGGCUUCCCCUCCAAGCCCUCAGCGCUGGCCUGGGACCCCGCCCUGCGCCUCGUCGCCCUCGCCACGAAGGGAGCCACCAUCAGGCUGUAUGGCCAGCCAGGUGUGGAGGUGUAUGGACAGAGUGACAAGUGUGAGGCAGCCAUUACCAGGCUCAUCUUUCUAGAGGGACAGGGUCGUCUUGUGUCCUUGUGUGAGGAUAACAGUCUCCACCUAUGGGAGAUGAAGGAGGAGGAGGAGGAGGAGGAGGAGGAGGAGGAAGGACUCAAGCUUGUCCAUGUUAAAUCAACUUCACUGGAGGGAAAAUUGAAGAGAAUUAGUGUGGUUGUGGCUGGCGGCGCUGGUGGUGGAGGUGGUGGUGGUGGUGGUGGUCAGCUGAUGGUGGGCACGGAAGGAGGGAACAUCUACCUACUUGAUCUGACCUCCUUCACCAUGUCCGACAACAUUAUCUAUCAGGAUGUUGUCAUGCAGAAUGUACCGGAGGACUACAAGCUGAACCCUGGACCAGUUGAGGCCAUCGCUGUUCACCCCAAAGAACCCACACGCAUUCUCAUUGGGUACCAGCGAGGCCUUGUGGUGCUCUGGGAUACCAAGAACCUGUGUGCUGAUCAAACAUACGUGAGCAGCCAGCAAUUGGAGAGUGUAUGCUGGCACCCGGACGCAGGGCACUUCACCACCUCACACAAUGACGGCAGCUAUGUGGAGUGGUCCGCGGUGGAGUCUGCCCAGCCCUCCGAUGGUCCACACACUGUCUAUGGUCCAUUUCCCUGCAAACCCAUCACUAAGAUACUCAGACCACCUGCUGCUGGAGGGCAGCAGUACAUAGUGUUCAGCGGAGGCAUGCCACGCGCCAGCUAUGGGGACAAGAACACAGUGACAGUUAUUGAAGGGGAGAGCCAUGUCACCUUCAGCCUCUCCUCGAAAGUGCUGGAUUUCACAGUCAUCAGGAAUAAGGAGACUGGAGUGGGCAGCUGUUUGGUGGUGUUGGCAGAAGAGGAGGUGGUAUUCAUUGACUUAGAGACAGAGGACUGGCCAGCGUUCCAAGCACCUUACCUGGCGUCCCUGCAUUCCUCGGCCAUCACCUGUGCUUACCUGGCGGCGGGGGUGCUUAGUGAGGUCUUGGAGAAGAUUAAGGAGGCUGGCAGGAAGCAACACGCCAGACUGUCCUCCAACCCCUGGCCUGUGGAUGGAGGAAGACUGCCCAAGGAGGACGAGGAGGAGGAGGAGAAGAGGAAGAGACAGCAGAAUGUUUUGCUAACGGGACAUGAGGAUGGCACAGUGCAGUUCUGGGAGGCUUCAAGUGUGUCUCUGCGUCUCCUUUACAAACUAUCAACUGCCCAGUUCUUUGUCUCAGAGGACCUUCAGCAGCUGCGGAGGAUGAUCUGGCCACCUUACCCCCAGGCCGGGCUGUUUGACCCCUACAGUGAUGACCCGAGGCUUGGGGUGAAGAAGAUGCAAAUGUGUCCCUAUACUGGCAUGCUGGUUGUGGCUGGGACUGCUGGUCAAGUGCUGGUCAUGUCACCUAAUUCUGAGGCUAAGGAGAUGACCCCGCAGGCGACCGACAUCAACUUGGUGGCCGACAAUGACAACUUUGUGUGGAAGAGUCACAGCAAACUGGAGACACGAGGAGAGGCCAUCAAACUGGAGGCCGGCAUGCAGCCCUCGGCCAUCCUGCAGUUCUUCCCCCCGGCAUCAUGCACCUCCUUGGCCCUGCAUAGUGAGUGGGGGCUGGUGGCCUGUGGGACUGCUCAUGGCUUUGCUCUGUUCGACACCACACAGAAUAAGAGUUUGCUAGCCAGGAGUACUUUGAGCCCCCUUGGUAAGUGUCUGGCCAGCACCGCAGAUGAAGGUCCAAUGUCCCGCAGGAAGUCCCUUAAGAAGUCCUUGAGAGAGUCCUUCAGGAGACUCAAGGGGCGGUCCCAACGGAAAACGGGAGCUGGGGGUCGGAGUGGGGCUGCCUCCCCCCCAGCCACCUCCCCUCCCCCCAGUGGCCGCGGUGGUGGUGGUGCUGGCUCGGAGGAAGAAAUGAAGCCUGUGGAGCGUGCCAUUGAAGCAAGGUCCAAUGCAACUGACUAUGUGGGUUCCAUGGUCCGCUGUCUCCACCUCACCAAGUGUUUUGUGGCCAAUAACCAGGCCAUGUCCGCCACACUCUGGGCCGGAACAAACAGUGGGUCCAUAUUUGUCUUCACUAUUGCCAUUCCACCCUCGGAGAAACGCCAAGAGGUUCCACUGACGGUACAGCUUGGCAAAGAGAUCCAUUUGAAGCAUGGCGCCCCCGUUUUGGGUGUUUGGGUGUUGGAUGGGUGUGGGCAGCCAUUCCCGCCCCCAAUGGCUGUCAAAAAGGAUGCAGCUUCACCCCCUGCCACCCUCCUGCCCCAUCGAGUGUUGAUCUGCUCUGAGAACAGUUUAAGGUGCGUCUUCACACUGCCGCAGCUUAAGCCGUUCUGCAAAUUCAAGCUGACGGCCAACGAGGGGUCACGCGCCAGGAAGCUUGACUUGGCAGAGUUUGCGUCAACAGUGGACAGUUCUUACAGCGAGUCUUGCCUUGUGCUGGCCACCAACCAAGGGGACUUCUCUAUCUUCUCCUUGCCAGACUGUAGGAGGCAGCUCUAUGCACCCUGUAUUAAGAAGGAAGAUAUUAGUGGCAUCAACAGUGUGGUGUUCACCCGUCAAGGCGAGGCACUGUACCUUGUGUCACCCAGCGAGCUAGAGAGGGUGUCACUGUCAGCCAGGCACAUCACCAGGCCCCGGGGGACAGUGCCAGAAGCCAAGGGUGCCCCAGUGUGUGCCAAACAGGAGGGGCAGAGCCAGUCUAAGGCCAGUGAUACUACCACAGCUACUACUACUACCACCACAACACCAGCUGCUACCACCACCACCACUACCACUACUACCACCACUACUAACGCUGCUGCUGCUGCUGCUGCUGCUGAGCCCAAUGAGCCGGCCGCCCUCAAGGAGCAGAAUGGAGAGAAGGAAGACAUUGGAGGAAAAGCAGGAGGAGGCGGAGGAGCUGGAGGAGGAGGAGGAGGAGGAGGAGGAGGAGAUGGAGGAAGAAAGGAGGAAGUUAGAGAAAAUGGAGAUAACAGUGUGUUAAGUGGAGACAUCACAAUUGACUCUAUUCGCGACCACAUGGAGGAGCUGAAGGUGGCGGAGAAGGUAGUAGGGCUGUGUGGAGCUGGCAACACUACUACCACCACCACCACCGCCGCCCCUCCCGUGGCUGUGUUGAAAGCUACUAUUGCUACUACUGCUACUGAUGCUACUGCUACCACUACUACUUCCUCUACCAUUGCCUCGUCCCAAGAGUCGCCAUCCAUACAUCUAGUUGAGACUACCACCACCAUCACCUCCUCUUCCUCCUCCUCCUCCUCCUCCUCCUCUUCCACUACUACCACCACCACCACCACCGCUGCUGCUGCUGCUGCCGCUGACCCCGCCCCCCACAGCAUUGUCAAUGGCACAGAGACUAAGAGAAGGGCGCCGUUAGCAAAAGCCGAGUCGUUCUUCAGUAAGGAGCCACGCAUUCCUAACUCUGAGUGAUACUACUACUACUACUACUACUACUA